AACCAGCUUUGUUGUGACCUUCCGAUUUAGCACAGGGGGAAGAUAUCCAUGUGGUUUUAAACAAGCUUCUUUCGUGCUGUGCUGAAGUUCAGUUUUAACCGCUAAAUAUGCAGGCGGCUAUGGAGAUCACCACUAAGUACUGUCAGAAGGAGAUGGAGCAGUAUGGGGCUUGUGUUGCCUCUCAUCCAUCCUCCUGGCAGCAGCAGUGCCACGACCUGAAGGUGCAGGUGGCGCAGUGCACCUCCUCCCACCCGGUGAUUAGGAAGAUCCGGACAGACUGUGCAGGAGAAUUUACAGAGUUUGAAAAAUGUCUACGAGAGAAUCAAGCCUCUGCUCUUACCUGCUCUCCUCACGUCACACGAUUUCUGGCCUGUGCAGAGAGCGUCGAUGUCAAAAGUUUAGGAAAUUCACUGCCUCAACCUACAUAAACCUCAAGACCUGCUGUCAGACCUCAACAUUGAGCCAUGGAGUAUUAUUGUUCUACUUGAUCAAAACAAUAAGUGUACUUUAAAAAAUAUAUAUUUGUACAGACACAGCAGGUUUUGUAAUACAAUUAAUCCAGUUAAUUUUGUUUUUGCACACAAUGUUUAAAAUAUAUUUAAAAAAAGAUCUACUAACCUCAAUAUUCUGUAUUUAUUUUUAAUACUACUAAGUACUCUCUGAGCAUUUAUAGGAAUGCUAUAUUAACGCCCUAUUUGGACUGGAUUAGUUUCUUAGGGGGUCCUGGAGUAAUUCUCACUUUUAUGGGGGGGUCCUGGAGUAAUUCUCACUUUUAUGCGGGGUCCUCUGUGAUUUUAUUCCCGUCUGGAACGACCAUGUACAUGUUUUUCUAAGAUGACCUCUGAGAAAAUGACAGGCUGAAUUAUCUACUGUUUUACACUGAACUCCGUGGUCCUCUGGUAAUUUUAGUCCCAUCUGGACUCAAAUCUCAAAUCUGAGUUUCGUCUGCUCAACAUUUAAUAAAAUAGCUAUUUGUCCAUUGCCACGCGCCGUAAUUACACUUUGUGCGCUCGUUUCCACGGAGAUCCAUAUAAACACAACAGCGAGUGGAAAUGGAGGAGCUACUGAACGCAAUGUCACGUGACCAAGAAAGCUCACGAAAAACUCACUGGUUCUCCUGUUUUUUUAGUUGCAGUCUUCAUGCAAGAGUUUUAUCACUGAGUAGAAGUGUUAAAUAUUUUUCAUAGACGUCCCCCGAGAACCUUAUCCCGUCCGUAUAGGGCUUUAUACUGGGUCUUCCUUGGCUCUUGAACAGCCUUAUUUAUUCUCAGAAUGGAUGCCACAAGCUUUAAGUAGACAUGAAGGGAUGCACAUGGUCAGCAGCAGUGCUCAAAUAGUGCUCAAACAAGGUUAAAUGCGUUCAUGGAUUCAUUCUAACCUUACCACUGGUGUGCCUCUGCAGAAAUCUAGAUUCAGAAAUCAGGUCAGGCAAUCAUGUUUCCUAGCCUUCAGCUGUCUAGUUGUGGUGAGCCUGGUCUCAUUGCAGCCUCAGUUUUCUGUUCUUGGAUGAUUAAAUGGUAACCCUACAUGCCCAUACUUUGCUUUUUGAGACCAAUUUCCUCAAGGUUGGAGGAGGUAAUCUGAGUUAUUGUAGUAACUGUAGUUUUUCUAUCAGCACCAUCUAAUUUGGUCAGUUUUUCUAGUGACCUCUCUCAUCAGUGAGAUGUUUCCUUCAGCAGAACCCCUCACUGGAUGUCUUUUCUUCAUUACACUGUUCUGGGUAGAAAACUCUACAGAUCCGUGUGCUGAAAGUCUUAAGAACAUCAGUAAUUCUAGAAAUAUGAGAAACUCACAUAGUUGAUGUGAACCUUACCUGAAGCUGCUGACCUGUACCUGCAUGAAUGUAUACGUUGAAAAUCUCUGCAACAUGAUUGGCUGGUUGGAUAUUGAUGCAUGAAUAUGUAGGUGUAGAAUAAAGUGUUCCUAAUAAAAUGCUUGGUGAUUGUA